AUGGACUCCACUCGCUACUAUGCUGAUCCCACAACCGCUGGUCAGUUUGCCUCGGAGCUCCUGGUGAAAGCUGGCCUAUCUCCGGAAGAUGCCAAGUCAAUGGCCGACUGCUUGGUUAUGGCAGAUGUUCGGGGGGUUGACACCCAUGGGUUGGCUCGGUUGCCUCAAUAUCUAGACCGUGUCAGCAAUGGCCGCGUCAAGGCCAGGCCAGAGUUCAAGCUGACCGAGAAAACACCUGUUGUGGCUCAACUAGACGGUGACAAUGGUUUUGGCUUUGUUGUCGCCACCCGAGCAAUGGAGGAGGCUGUAAAGCGUGCAGAGAUUUAUGGUAUUGGAAUGGUGACAGUCAAUCACUCGAACCAUUUUGGCAUGGCCGCCACCUAUGUGAUCCAGGCCCUGGAGAAGAACAUGAUCUCUCUUGUCUUUACGAACUCUGCCAAGCAGAUGCCUCCUUUUGGGGGUAAGGAGACUCUUCUGGGAAUCUCGCCCUUUGCAGCAGGCGCCCCUUCCAACAACGAAGUUCCUUACAUCCUCGACAUGGCGCCUUCUGUCGUGGCGAAGGGAAAAAUUCGCCGCGCCGCCCGUCGCGGUGAGUCCAUUCCACUGGGCUGGGCCUUGGACGCGGACGGCAAUCCAACCACCGAUGCCAAUGUUGCCUUGAAUGGAAGCAUGGCGCCGAUUGGUGGACCCAAAGGCUCCGGUAUUGCUAUCCUGAUGGAUGUAAUGUCGGGUGUCUUGACAGGCGCCGCUUUUGGUGGUGAAGUCGGAGACCAGUACAAGGACCCCAAGCCGCAAAAUGUCGGACAUUGCUUCAUCGCCAUCAAGCCUGAUAUCUUUAUGACCACGGAUCAGUUCAAGGCUCGUAUGGACACUCUGGUGCAACGUGUCCAUGGCGUUACCCCUGCCCCAGGUUUCAAUGAAGUGCUCUUCCCCGGAGAGCCAGAGCACCGCCUCGGUAUACAGCGUCGUAAGGAAGGUAUCCCAUAUGCGGAUGCUGAAAAGCAGAUGUUCCUCGAGACUGCUAAGCAAUACGGUGUUUCUGAGCUUCCUCUGUCUGAAAGCCCCCUUUCUCUGGCCUGA